AUGGCUGACAAUAUUUCGGAGAAAGGGUCCACAAAGGGGGUUGAUAAGGUGUUGGAUGUUGAAAAGGGAGCGACGGAAACGUCAUCACGGGGGACAAGUGAAAUCGGCGAGGUCGAUGACUUGUUUGAAACGCCGCCGUCGUCCUUUUGGGCGAAGCUAUCUGACCACGGCGUCGAGAUGCGCGGCGCAGAACCAGUGCCAGUUGAGAAGCGAACCGAUACCCGGUACAUCAAUGUGUUCACCAUCUUUGCUACGUCUAUGACGAGCUUGCUACCGAUCGGAAUUGGCUCCGCGGCGACUCUUGGCUACGGGAUGACGCUACGCGACGCGGCGCUGAUGAUCAUAUUCCUGCAAUUUCUAUUCGCAGUGCCCGCCGCGUACAUCACCACUCUUGCCCCCUUGACGGGAAUGAGACAGAUGAUCCAAUCACGGUAUACUUUUGGCAAAUACUGCAACGUCCUAACCGCCAUCGUCGUGACCCUAACCGUCGGCGGCUUCGGCGUCACCGCCAGCAUAAACGGCGCGCAGUGCCUCGCGGCCGUGCACCCCGGCACCUUGCCCGUCGACGCCGCCAUCGCCAUCAUCAUGGUGAUCUCGCUCGCCAUCGGCUUCAUGGGGUACCGCGUGAUGCACUUCUUCACGCGGUGGGCCUGGAUCCCCACCUUGAUCGCCAUCCUCAUCCUCGUCGGCGUCUCCGGCCCCCAGCUCUCGCAGCAGGCCGCCCCCGCGACACCGCCGACCGCGAAGAACUACCUCGGCAUGGUCGCCUUCGCCGCGGGGAACAUGGUCAGCUGGAGCAAUGUGGCGGGCGAUUACGCGUGCUACAUGCCGCCGACAGCGCCGCGCUUCCGCCUGGGUGUGUACUGCCUACUCGGCAUCGCGCUGCCGUACUCGCUGCUCAUGGUCUUCGGCGCGGCGGUCGGCGGCGCUGUAUACACCGUUCCCGCGUGGACGGCAGCCUACGAGGCCGGCGGCAUGGGCGCCGUGCUCGGCAGCAUCCUGAUCACGCGGCUAGGCGACUUCGGGCGGUUCAUCCUCGUCAUCCUCGGUCUCUCCGUCGUCGCGACGUGCGGCCGCGACGUCUACACCGUCUCCUUCAACCUGACCGCCGUCGCGCCGAUCCUGCGCAAGGUCCCGCGCAUCAUCUUGUCGGUUGUCGCGACGGCGGCCAUGAUCGCGAUCGCGAUCCCCGCCUCCAAGUCCUUCAUCACGUCCGUGACGGCGUUCUUGACUUUGAUCGGCUACUACGCCGGCGCCUCGGUGUCGUGCUUCCUGCUCGAGUACCUGUACUUCCGCAAUGGCGACCCGAGCAGCCUCAACCCGAAGAUCUGGAACGACGGGCGCGCGCUGCCGUCGGGGUUGAGCGCGCUCGCGUCGGUGCUGAUUGCGUGGGCGUUCAUUAUUCCUUCGAUGCAGGCUGAUUGGUACACGGGGCCCAUCGCGGAGAAGACCGGAGAUCUGGGGUUUGAGUUCGCGGUGGUGGUGGCGCUGUUGGCUUAUGUGCCCAUAAGGACGUUGGAGAUUAGAUUCAGGGGUCGGCUGUGA